GUGAUGUAUUCCGCGUGAGAAAGCAGAAGCGGCGCCCACACAGGAAUUUUCUAGUGAGAGAAUUUUCCAUUUCGUUUAGAGAGAGAAAGAGAAAGUGCCAUCGAUUUUCCGGGAAAAUGUGCCGAAGCAGAAGCUGAAACUCUGAAAAGAUAGCGUAAUGGGAAUCACUCAGACUGUGCCGAAAUGGGUUCUUUCAGUUUUCCCCUGAAACCUCUGUUUCGUUUCAAAAAUUGGUUCUUUUUCUUCAACCAUGGCGUUGUUACCUUCCACCACUUUCAGCAAUGAAAAACACGAGCUUUCACCCUUUUCAUCAGAAAAAGACAUGGCAUGAUGGAACAAUCAAGAUUCCCCAAACAACUUCAGUGCUAUAUCAUGGAGCCUAGAACGCAGGAAUUCCAGCCUGGAUCUCAGCCAGUAAUGCCGGAUCGUCUGGAUGUCAUGCAUACUAAUGGAAGACCAUUUGACUAUUACACAUCAGAUGUUAAGCCAGUUCGUAAUUAUUCAAUACAGACGGGUGAGGAAUUUGCUCUUGAAUUUAUGCGAGAUAGGGUGAAUCUCAAGAAGCCUGUAUUUUCAAAUGUCAGUGAUUCUAAUUAUACAACUAGUUAUAGAGGAGUUUUAGGCAUCAGUCAUGCAGGAUCUGAAAGUGGGUCAGGCAUUUCUAUGUUCUCAACGGUUGAGAAAGGUCCAACAGAGUUUAACAGACAGAGUACAUCAUUACAUGGAGACAGAAGCUAUUACAGGUCAAUUCGAUCAAUACCAAGAACUUCAUUGAAUCAGGAGACUAGUCAAUUUGUGCAUGGAUAUGGCUCUUCUGGUGGUUCUGAUAGCUCAUCAAUGAUGAUGAAGUGUCUUUGCAGCUUUGGUGGUAAAAUAUUACCACGGCCUAGUGAUGGAAAGCUAAGAUAUGUUGGAGGCCAGACACGCAUUCUUCGUCUAAGAAAGGACAUAUCGUGGCAGGAGCUUAGGCAGAAAGCAAUGUUAAUCUAUAAUUUGGUUCAUGUACUGAAGUAUCAACUUCCUGGGGAAGAUCUUGAUGCUUUGGUAUCUGUAUCAUGUGAUGAGGAUUUGCAGAAUAUGAUGGAGGAGUAUAAUAUUCUAGAAGAUAAAGAACACCCACAAAAGCUUAGGAUGUUUUUGUUCUCAAUGAAUGAUUUGGAAGAUGCUCAGUUUGCUCUAAGCAGCAUUGGUGGUGAUUCUGAGAUCCAGUAUUUUGUUGCUGUUAAUGGCAUGGACUUAGGAUCUAGAAACAACUCAACACCACUUGGUGUCAGCUUUGCAGCAGCUGAUAUAAAUGAAUUGGACAGGCAAACUAUGGAGAGGGAGACCAGUAGAGUUGCUGUAGAAUCAAUAGGUGUCAGCAGUAUUCCCUUGACCAAAAAAUCUGAAUCUUCAUUGGUUAUUCAAUCUUCACAGCCAGUAUUACCAACUUCUUCAAAUGCGUAUGAAACUGGGCAGCUGAGUUAUAGUGAUCAAAUUAUGCAAUCUGGGGAAAUUAGUAAUCAAUAUCUUCUUCACCAUGGCCUUAAUCCGGCUCCUAACCCUGUGGUUGAGGACACUCCAAUUUCUAUGGCUCCUCAAAUGCUGAAUUACCAACAAUGGGUUCUGAAUGAAGAUCAUCCACCCAGUGGAGUACAAAUGUCGGUGGAAAAUAUAGGUGAUGGCUCAGUUAAACAAGGGAGUGACCCUGUUAAUGUCGUAUCCUUGGAAACCCCACCCCUAGCUCCCUCACAGCCCUUGGAUGGUUAUUUGAAAAAUAAUUGUCCUGAAGCAUCAGCUAUAGUUACCUUGCCUGAGGGGCAUCUAACCUCCUUGCCUUCCACUAUAAAGGUUCAACACCAGGAUUAUGAAGAGGCCUCUACUACAUCUAGCAGUGCAUUUGUUCCUGCUUAUGUUGAUUCUCAGUCAAAUGCAAUUGAUUUGAAUUGUCUUCAUCCUCCCCCACUUCCUAAAAGAGUUUACUAUUCAGAAAGAAUUCCAAGGGAGCAAGUAGAGGUCCUGAAUCGGUCCUCAAAGUCAGAUGACACGCUGAACUCUCAGUUUCAUGAGUCAGACUUACUUUGUGAUGUCAAGCCAGAGGGUUCAGUGGCAGAAUCUAGUGACAACUUGAGUGAUUAUAAUCUGUUAAAUCCAACUGAGAAAUUGAGCAUUGCAGCAAAGCCCUUACUUUGUGAUGUCAACCCAGAGGGUUCAGUGACAGAAUCUAGGGACAACUUGAGUGAUUAUAAUCUGUUAAAUCCAACUGAGAAAUUGAGCAUUGCAGCAAAGCCCUUACUAGCAGAUGACCAUACCAUUGACAAUGGGUUUGCCAAACAUCAAAUGAAUAAACCAUUGCCUGACACGAACAGUCAGAUUAAGCCAAACCUAUCCGAGCACAUGGAUCCUGAGUUCAAGCAGGUGUUACUGAACAAUGAAGGAAGUAAAGAUGUGGAAGCUGAAAAUUAUUGUAAUGAUGAAACCAAAACCAAAACCAAUACCAAAUCAGACCUUCCUGCUAUUCAACAUGUUUCCUCUGUAGAACACCUUGAUGAUCCAGCAUCCAAUCUUCCGGAGAUUGAUUGGGGUGAGGUCUCUGGGAAGGAAUCUAAUGAUAAUCAUAUGGUGCAAGCACUUCCUGUUUCUUUAACUGGGGACAUAACCAAAGAUGUUUCUCAAGAUUUUCCCCCAAAUGUUGUUUCAAAACAAGCACAAGGUGUCCUUAUUGAUAUCGAUGAUCGAUUUCCCCGUGAAUUGCUUUCUGAUAUGUUUUCUAAAGCAAUACUUGCAGAAGAUCCCUCCACUCUACAUCCACUAACCACAGGUGGAAUAGGCUUAAGCGUAAAUAUGGAAAAUCAUGAACCUAAACGGUGGUCAUAUUUUCAAAAGUUGGCACAAGGGCUUGAUAAUGUCUCUCUUAUUGAUCAGGAUCAUGUUGGUUUUUCACCUGUGAUAGGAAAAGCUGACGAAGCUUUUCUUGUUCAUGAGGAUUCCCACCUCAAUUUUGGUCAAGAAAGUCAGAAGGACUUACUUAGAAGGAGUGGAACAGAAACUGCUGUUCUGAAUUCCAAUUAUGAUCUAUCCCAACUUACUGACGCUGAAAGCAUGCAGUUCGAUGCUAUGAUGGAAAACCUGAGAGCACAAGAAUCAGAGUAUGAGGAUGGCAAGUUUGAAACAAAAAAUUGCAAUCUACCUCCACUUGAUCCUUCUUUAGGAGAUUUUGAUAUCAGUACCGUGCAGGUCAUUAAGAACGAAGAUCUUGAAGAGCUGAAGGAAUUAGGUUCUGGUACCUUUGGGACCGUGUAUCAUGGAAAAUGGAGAGGAACAGAUGUUGCUAUUAAAAGAAUAAAGAAGAGCUGCUUCACUGGUCGAUCAUCUGAGCAAGAGAGACUGACUGUGGAAUUCUGGCGGGAAGCGGACAUUCUUUCCAAGCUUCAUCAUCCAAAUGUGGUUGCAUUUUAUGGUGUGGUACAGGAUGGGCCGGGAGGAACAAUGGCCACUGUUACUGAAUUCAUGGUGGAUGGUUCUCUUAGGCAUGUAUUACUUCGCAAGGACAGGUAUCUUGAUCGUCGCAAGCGGCUGAUAAUUGCAAUGGAUGCAGCUUUUGGAAUGGAAUAUUUACACUCAAAAAACAUUGUGCAUUUUGACUUAAAAUGUGACAAUUUGCUCGUCAACUUGAAAGAUCCUUUACGGCCAAUUUGCAAGGUUGGUGAUUUCGGCUUGUCAAAAAUUAAAAGGAAUACCCUAGUUACUGGUGGUGUGCGGGGGACUCUACCUUGGAUGGCACCAGAGCUGCUGAAUGGAACCAGCAACAAAGUCUCAGAGAAGGUUGAUGUGUUCUCCUUUGGCAUAGUAUUAUGGGAAAUUCUAACCGGUGAGGAGCCAUACGCCAAUAUGCACUAUGGUGCAAUUAUAGGUGGGAUUGUAAAUAAUAUAUUAAGGCCAACAAUUCCGAGUGAGUGUGAUCUUGAAUGGAGGACACUGAUGGAGGAAUGUUGGGCACCCAAUCCUAUAGCCAGGCCUUCCUUCACAGAAAUAGCAAGUCGCUUGCGCAUAAUGUCUGCAGCAGCUUCUAGCCAAACAAAAACACAGGGCCAUAAGGCACCUAAAUGAGUUAGAGAUACUAACAUACAUUGGCAUUCUAACUGUCAAAUUUAAUUCAUUUAAUUCAUGGUGCUCAGGGAAGUUAAUUAUACCAGUGGCGAUGCUAUCCUCUAGUUAGUUCUUUAUUUUGUUUACACCAACAAUCUAAUGCUGCACUAUGCAAAAAAGUUGUAACCAUUGCUUAAUGCAAGUGCCAAACUGUCUUUUUAGUUUC